GUCGACAACGCAAAACACACGGACCAAAUGUUUUCUUGAAGCACGUGUUUGCCAUGGAGGAAAUCGAAGAAUCGCACGUGCUGACCUCAUCGGUCAAGAAAGAGAAAAAGAAGCGCAAAGCCCUCGGGGACUUGCAAGCGGAAGGAGACUUCCUGAUCGCACCCUCGGACAAAGCUGGCAGCCUCAACACGUCACAAUGGCCGCUGCUGCUCAAGAAUUUCGACAAGCUCAAUGUGAGGACCAACCACUACACACCCAUGCCUCACGGCUGCAACCCACUCAAGCGGGAAAUCCGCGAGUACAUACGCUCUGGCUUCAUCAACUUGGACAAACCAUGCAAUCCAUCUUCACAUGAGGUGGUCGCCUGGGUCAAGCGAAUACUGAAGGUGGAGAAGACAGGCCAUAGCGGUACGCUAGAUCCCAAGGUGUCUGGGUGCCUCAUUGUGUGCAUUGAGCGGACGACCCGACUCGCCAAGUCACAGCAGAGCGCAGGCAAGGAGUACGUGGCCAUCUUCAAACUGCAUCAGGACCCACCUUCUUACGCACAUGUUGCCCAGGCAUGCGAGAAGUUGAAAGGUGCCAUGUUCCAGCGGCCACCUCUAAUAGCAGCAGUCAAACGACAGCUUCGCAUCCGUACCAUUUACGACAGCAAACUGUUAGAGUUUGACAGCAAGCACAACUUGGGUGUGUUGUGGAUGAGCUGCGAGGCCGGAACAUAUGUGAGGACGCUUUGCGUGCACAUUGGCCUGCUGCUGGGUACAGGAGCUGUCAUGGAGGAGCUGCGACGUGUCAGAUCGGGCAUUCAAGACGAGAAUAGCAACAUGGUGACCAUGCACGAUGUGUUGGACGCCCAAUGGAUGUACGAGAAUGACCGCAAUGAGGACUACCUGCGCCGAGCCAUCCAGCCUCUAGAACGCCUGCUGGUCAGCCAUAAGCGCAUGGUCAUGAAGGACAGUGCGGUGAAUGCAGUGUGUUAUGGUGCCAAGGUAAUGCUGCCCGGAGUGCUGCGCUACGAGGAUGGCAUUGAGCUCAACGAGGAGGUCGUUGUCAUCACAACCAAGGGUGAAGCCAUCUGUCUUGGUAUUGCACUGAUGUCGACAUCUACCAUCGCCACAUGUGACCACGGCAUUGUAGCCAAAAUCAAGCGAGUGGUCAUGGAGCGUGACACUUAUCCUCGCAAGUGGGGCCUUGGACCAAAUGCACUGAAGAAGAAGCAGAUGAUCAAGGAUGGCAAACUGGACAAGUAUGGUCGACCGAAUGAGAAUACGCCCAGCGGAUACGAGGAGGGAGCACCGGCGGCUGAUGGCCAUGGUAGCAGUGUAAAGCGGAAGCACAGCACAGCUGAGGAUGGCUCUGGAGACGCCAGUCAAGCAAAGGAGAGCAGCAGUGAAGCUGAGGAACAGACACCUUCGAAGAAGGAGAAGAAGAAAAAGAAGAAGAAGAAGAAGCACAAGUCCAGUGACGAGUCUGAGUGACUGUGGUGCAGAGCUGACAAAUAAAUUGCAGGAAAGCAAAGAA